CCGCGCCGCCCGUGCGCCCGGACAGGCUCGGCCCGUGAGCACCACGCGCGCCCACCCCGCUUGCUCCCUGCUCUGCAGCCGCCGCCGCCGGAGGCAUGGAGAAGGCCGCGCCCCAGGGCUGCUGAGCCGCGCCCCCCGCACCAUGACCGGCUCGGCGGCCGACACUCACCGCUGCCCGCACGCCAAGGGCGCCAAAGGCACGCGGUCCCGGAGCAGCCACGCGCGGCCCGUGAGCCUGGCGCCCGUGAGCGGGGGCUCGGAGGAAGAGGACCGCGACGGUGGGACGCUCUUCCACGUCAACAAGGGCGGCUUCCCCAUCGACAGCCGCACCUGGGAGCGCAUGUGGCUGCACGUGGCCAAGGUGCACCCCCAGGGGGGCGAGAUGGUGGGUGCCAUCCGGAAUGCCGCCUUCCUGGCAAAGCCCUCCAUCCCACAGGUUCCCAACUACAGACUGUCUAUGACCAUCCCCGACUGGCUUCAGGCCGUCCAGAACUACAUGAAGACCCUGCAAUACAACCACACGGGGACCCAGUUCUUUGAGAUCAGAAAGAUGAGACCCCUGAGCGGGCUGAUGGAGACCGCCCGGGAGAUGACCCGAGAGUCACUGCCCAUCAAAUGCCUGGAGGCUGUCAUCCUGGCCAUCUACCUGACCAAUGGGCAGCCGGCCGUGGAGCGCUUCCCCAUCAGCUUCAAGACCUGCUUCUCAGGGAGCUACUUCCACCACGUGGUGCUUGGCAUCUACUGCCAGGGCCGCUAUGGCUCUCUGGGCAUGAGCCGCCGGCCUGAGCUCAUGGACAAGCCGCUGGCCUUUCGCACACUCAGUGACCUGGUCUUCGACUUUGAGGACUCUUACCGCAAGUACCUGCACACGGUGAAGAAGGUGAAGGUGGGCCUGUAUGUGCCCCAUGAGCCGCACAGCUUCCAGCCCAUCGAGUGGAAGCAGCUGGUACUCAAUGUGCCCAAGAUGCUGCGGGCAGAUCUGAGGAAGGAGCUUGAGAGGCACGCCCGGGACAUGCGGAUGAAGAUCCUGAAACCCGCAAGCACCCAGUCCUCGAGCCAAGUGAGAAUUCGGGGCAAGUCCCUGUCUCCCCGAAGGAGGCAGGGCAGUCCCCAACGGCGACAGGGCCGGAGGGACAAGGCGUCAGUGCUGCCGGAGAAGGUGCCUGAACUCGGUGGCCUAAACGAAGUGGGUUACCAGAUCCGCAUCUAGCUUACGGGCUUCUCUGCACCUGGGUCAAUCCCAGG